AAUAUGAAAAGAUUUUUAGGGCUGUGCUUGCCUCCUGCCGCUUUCCAUAGUAUAGAUUCCUCUUCCUAUUCGAUUAACAACUCUUAAUUUCUCUGCAAAUUCCUUGUUAAAGCUCUUUACCCAACUUCAAAGCUUGCUCUCUCUACAGCAGGCUAACAGGGCACUGGUUAUUAAUAUUAUUUUCUAUAAAUUGUGAAGUUAAUGAAAUGAAGCAAACGCAUGAGAAGAGAAAGUGAGCAAUUUCUGAUCGUAGAAUGAUAAUUCGAUCUAAUUUUGUCGAACUUUUAGUUCUUGUGGGGAAGUUUUGCUUCUUAAUCUGGUUAUUUCUCUUCAAUCGUAUUGGUAUCUUUUGGAACCUUAUUUUAUAAAUUCAUUUGAUCAUCUUUUGCUAUUCAUCUUUGCAGGAUCUAUUGGUACAUUAGUGAUUACAAUUGAAGUCAUUAACUUUACUUAUUGUUUAAUUUAUGGCUGAUACUAUGGAUGAUGCAUCAUUGUUGAAUAUUUCACUGCCAGAUGACGCCCUGCAGCAGUUACUAACUGCUUCAGGGUCAUCUUCAUUGAAAGAAAUCCUAGAAAUUCUUGUUGAAUCUUCUAGAACUGGAGGUGGCCGCUCUGACCUUGCUUCCAAGAACAUCCUUCCUACAGUCCUUCGGCUUAUUCAAUCAAUCAGUUAUGCCUCUUGUCGGCAAUAUCUUAUACUAUCACUGAAGCUCUUUAGAAACCUCUGUGCUGGAGAAAUUACCAGUCAGAAUUCAUUUAUUGAGAGCGAUGGAGUUGGGGUUGUUUUAUCAAUUAUGAAGUCUGCAGGACUUGAUUCUGAUGCAGAUUGUGGGAUCAUUCGAAUGGCAUUACAAGUUUUGGCUAAUGUUUCAUUGGCUGGUGAGAAACAUCAGCGAGCUAUUUGGAGUAUGUUCUUUCCAAAUGAGUUUGUUACACUUGCUAAAGUACGAAGUCAGGAGACUUGUGAUCCAUUGUGUAUGGUUAUAUAUGUGUGUUGCGAUGGCAGUGCUGGAUUGUUUCAGGAGUUAUGUGGAGAAAAAAGGUUGCCUAUUAUGACAGAAAUUUUGGUGACUGCUUCAUCAGUUGGUUUUAAAGAAGAUUGGUUGAAGUUACUUGUUUCAAGAAUAUGUGUUGAAGAAAUAUAUUUUCCUCUUUUGUUCUCCAACCUAUACCAAGUCAGUGCAUCUGAGCAACUUGAAGAUCCUAACCUAAGAGAUAAUACUUUUUCAACAGAGCAAGCUUUUCUUAUGAGAAUUGUCUCAGAGAUAGUAAAUGAACAAAUUGCAGAAGUCAUUAUACCCAUUGACUUUGCAGUAAGUGUUCAAGAAAUAUUUAAGAGAUCGAUUAGGGUGGUCGAUUUUUCCUCAAAGGGCAAGUCCAGUCUUCCUACAGCCUCUUCUGCAAUCAACAUUCUUGGAUACUCGCUCACAAUAUUGAGAGAUAUCUGCUCACGGGAGGGAUCUGCUGGUUCUAAUUCUGAGGGCUCUGCUGAUGUUGUUGUUUCACUAAAAUCCUUUGGACUCAUUGAAAUGCUUUUAUGUUUGCUCCGUGACCUCGAGCCUCCAGCAAUAAUCAGAAAAGCUAUGAGACUGAGUGAGAACCAAGAAGGGACUAGUUUACACUCAGGCAAGACCUGCCCCUACAUAGGAUUUCGGAGAGACAUUGUUGCCGUAAUUGGCAACUGUGCAUACCGAAGAAAGUAUAUACAAGAUGAAAUUAGGGAGAGAAAUGGGGUUUUAUCGCUACUACAACAGUGUGUUACUGAUGAAGAUAACCCAUUUCUAAGGGAGUGGGGCAUUUGGUCUAUUAGGAACUUAUUGGAAGGCAAUGGGGAAAACCAACAAGCAGUGGUUGAUUUGGAGCUUCAAGGAUCUGUUCAAUUGCCUGAACUUUCUGGACUUGGUCUCAAAGUGGAGGUGGAUCAGAAAACACGGCGUGCAAAGCUUGUAAAUAUUUCAUCAAAAUAGUUACAAUAAUAGUUUUCCUUUGUUCUGGCUAACCAGAUGAUUUUCACUCAUCUCCGGUGCACCUCCUACAUUAAUUUGACGGUUGCUUGGUUUUCAUUUUUGACCUCCGACCAGAACACUUUUGCUUCGCAUACAUUUAAAGCUUUUCUUGAGUAUUGGCAAUGGAUUUCAAUAGUUUCCAGAGUCAGAGAAAAUUGGGGCUGGUGUUGAUUUGAUUCAAGUGAGAACAUGGAGGGCUACUUAUAUUAUUCUUUAAACUUCUCAUAACCUUUCUCAGGAUCUGUUAGGUUACUUGUAUUAUAUGAAGAGAAUUUUGAUUGAAGGCACGCUGAAAUGAGAGUCGGUUCUGCUUGAAACUAAACAAUGUCUCAUUUACUGCCUGUGAGUUCAACUUUAUCCAAUUUAUUGAACCUAUUGGAGUGAUUGUAACCUAAAGUGAACUUUCUUGUCAUAUUUAAGUAGAUGAUGCACUUGCUA